GUGGGCUGCUGGUUUCCGUUCAUUUCCUGUGCUGCGUCUUUAAACCACAGACAGCUCGGUCACUGAUAUUACUGGCUGCUUAACUGGAUACCGUUGAUGCGAAAAGACGACGGUGUUCAGAACCCCAUUAGAAAUAUUUACAUCUUUCCCGAUGAACAGAAAAUGUCACCUUGAUGCUCCUGAGCAGGAUACAUUUUAGUGUCCGUCAGUCUCCGUGAAGAUGGUGAAGAGGAAGAGCUUGGAUGACAGCGACCAGGAGAACUGCGGUGGGAUCCCGUUCCCCAUACAGACCUUCCUGUGGAGACAGACCAGCGCAUUUUUGCGACCAAAGUUAGGAAAGCAGUAUGAAGCAUCCUGCGUGUCUUUUGAGCGAGUGCUGGUGGAGAAUAAGCUCCAUGGGCUUUCUCCAGCUCUCACUGAGGCCAUCCAGAGCAUUAUGCGUUGGGAGCUUGUGCAGGCUGCACUGCCUCAUGUCCUCCACUGCACCUCUAUCCUCCUCUCCAACCGCAACAAGCUAGGGCACCAGGAUAAACUAGGUGUAGCUGAGACCAAGCUACUCCACACUCUUCACUGGAUGCUGCUGGAGGCAGCUCAGGAGUGCCACCAGGACCAGGGACAUGGAUGGUCUGGGGGUGGCAGCAGUGGCAGCAGCUGUGCCUUCUUCCAGCCUUUGAGCAACCAAAGCCAUCUGGAUCGUAAUGGCAGUACUCCAGAAGAGAACGAGUAUGCUCGAGCAAAACUUUACCACAAGAACAUGGCCACUGUAGAGCUGUUUGUUUUUCUCUUUGCUCCUCUUGUCAACCGCAUUAAGGAGUCUGAUCUUACAUUUCGCUUGGCUAGUGGCCUUGUGAUUUGGCAGCCCAUGUGGGAGCAUCGUCAGCCCGAUGUUCCUGCCUUCUCUGCUCUCAUCAAGCCCAUGCGCAACAUUGUUACUGCAAAGAGGAACUCUGUGGUAAAUAACCAGUGCACUCUCUGUGCCCCUAGUAACCCUUGUCCCACAGUUGUGUGUGAAUCUGCUAAGUCUGGCUCCUCCUCUCCUUCGGUGAAGGGCCAGAGCUGUCGCCGUGGCAACUCGGUGGAGAGAGGAGGCACCUCACAGCAGCCAUGUGAUCGAGGCGUCACUCAAAAGAAGUUGUCAGCUACUGGAGGUGUCUCUGUAUGCCAGCGGGCACGCUAUGCCACCUACUUUGACGUGGCCGUACUACGUUGCUUGCUUCAGCCUCAUUGGACAGAGGAGGGUGUGCACUGGGCUCUUCUCUUCUACCUGCAGCGACUCAGGCAGAUUUUGCUAGAGAAACCUGAAAAGCCACCCGAACCCCCCACGGCACCUCUACCUCGACCACGGAGCAGCUCCAUGGUGGCUGCAACUCCAUCUCUGGUCAACACACAUAAAACACAGGACAUGACCCUAAAGUGUAAUGAGGAGGGGAGAUCCCUGAGCUCAGAGACCUUCUCCAAAAUAUCCAUUACCAACCUCAGAAGACAAGCCAUCCCAGACCUCUCCACAGACAUGAGCAUGAACAUUUUUAAAAAGUUUAAGAACCGCAGGGAGGACAGGGAAAGGAAGGGCUCUAUUCCUUUCCACCAUACAGGAAAGAAGAGACAACGGCGUAUGGGGGUGCCUUUCCUCAUGCACGAGGACCACCUGGAUGUUUCACCUACACGGAGCACCUUCUCAUUUGGAAGCUUCUCUGGAUUGGGUGAUGACCGGCGGGCCCUGGAGCGAAGUGGCUGGCCCUCCACUAUCAUGGGGAAGUUGACACGUCGUGGCAGCACAGACACAGCAGGGGAUGUGGACAGUCUUGGAGUAAAACACUCUCAUUCCCACCACAACCUGCCUGACCACUCCAACAGCCACAGUGAGAACACCAUCAAAGAGGGCGUCCGUUCCCAGAUCUCCACUAUCACUAUGGCCACUUUUAACACAACAGUGGCCUCUUUUAAUGUGGGAUACACUGAUUUCUUCACUGAACACAUUAAGAAGCUCUGCAAUCCAAACCCCAUCCCUGAGAUGCCCUGUGAGCCAUUGGCUUGCUCCAACCUGCCACGCAGCCUCACUGACUCCUGUAUCAACUACUCAUGUCUGGAAGAAAGAGAAAGCAUUGAGGGAACCAACAACUUUAUCCUGAAGAAUGGCAUGCUGGAUCUCUCUGCUGUCCUCAGGGCUUUGUAUGCUGUCCUCACUCAUGACAUUAGCUCUCGGAUUUGCGACGUGGCUCUCAACAUUAUCGAAUGCCUGUUGCAGCUGGGUGUUGUGCCCAGCAUGUCUAAGAAGGGUGCCAAACAAGAGGACAAGGUGAAGGAGGCAGACCUUUCUAAGGAAGGAGCCAGUCAAAGUGUAGGCGGUGCUCAUGGAGGUGUGGCUGGCAGCAGUGGGGCUGUUCCCAGUGGGGGGAGUGGAGAUGGUGAUGGAGGAGGAGAUGGAGGAGGUGGAGGAGGAGAGAGUGGAAGUGGAAGUAAAAAUGAUAUUAAAAACAACAAAGGCAAUAAGGAAGAGGACUCCACCCUUAGUACUCACAGAUUAGCUCUAACAAUGCUUAUUAAAAUUGUGAAGUCUCUUGGCUGUGCCUACGGCUGUGGGGAAGGCCAUCGUGGGCUCUCUGGAGACCGUCUGCGCAUGCAGGCUCAGAACUGCCUGACCAGUCUGUACAAGCUAGAUAAAGUGCAGUUCCGGCAGACCAUGAAAGAGUAUGUCAACAAGGAUUCUCUCAACAACAUAGUGGACUUUCUGCAUGCUCUUCUUGGCUUCUGUAUGGAGCCCAUCACUGACAAAUACGGCAGUGCAGGUGAGAGGUCCAGGAGGGCGAAUAAGCGAAACUUCGACAAAGCUGGCUUUGGAAACAAUUUUGCUACAGGAGGGGAUAAAUCUCUUGCCCAGAGCAUGGAGGCAGUGGUUGUGGGCUGCAUGUUCAAAUCCCUCAUAACCAGAUGCGCAUCCACUACACAUGAGCUGCACAGUCCAGAAAACCUGGGUCUGUACUGUGACAUUCGACAGCUGGUUCAGUUUAUCAAAGAAUCACAUGGCAACGUAUUUCGUCGUGUGGCAUUAAGUGCCCUGUUGGACAGUGCAGAAAAACUCAAUGCCACAAAGAAAAUCGAUGACAAAGAGGAGACCAAGCCCAAUGCACAUAAAAGUGAUGAGCAAAUCCCUGGAGCUCUGUUAGGAAGGAAGGACUUCUGGAGGAAGAUGUUCAAAUCUCAGAGUGCUGCCAGUGACACCAGCAGCCAAUCAGAACAGGACACAUCAGAGUGCACUACCGCCCACUCGGGCACUACCACGGACCGCCGCUCACGCUCACGCUCCCGACGCAUCUCACUGCGCAAGAAGCUUAAACUUCCCAUAGCAUGCCGUAGGACUGUACGCCUUCCAUUCACACUCUCCGUCCUACGCAACUGGCUGAAGCGUUCAUCUCUCUCUGGUCUGGCUGAUGGUGUGGAGGACCUAUUGGACAUCAGCUCAGUGGACAGACUUUCCUUCAUCAGACAGAGCUCCAAGGUGAAAUUCACCAGCGCGGUCAAGCUAUCAGAAGGAAGCGCCACAGAGUAUGGGAGGGAGGAGGAGGAGAACUUCUUCAAGAGGCUCGGUAAAUGGCGGUCUGGUCGGCGGAACCCAUCCAAGCUUCACCACACAGAGGAGAAAGAUGGAUGCCAUGGAUUCCCAGAGCGUUUGGCUUCGAACCCGGAGGUAAUGAAGAAUAAGAACAUAGUAAAUCUGGGGGCCAUCAGACAGGGCAUGAAGAGGUUCCAGUUCCUCCUGAACUGCUGUGAGCCAGGAACCAUCCCUGAUGCCUCUAUCCUGGCUGCUGCACUGGACCUGGAAGCUCCAGUGGUGGCAAGGGCUUCCUUGUUCCUGGAGUGCGCUCGUUUUGUUCAUCGCUGUAACCGAGGCAACUGGCCAGAAUGGAUGAAAGGUCAUCAUGUUAACAUCACAAAGCGAGGGCUUUCACGAGGACGCUCACCUGUGGCUGGGAACAAGAGAAACAAUAAGCUGCAGUGGAACGCAGCUAAGCAUUUCUACCAGUGGGGUGAUGCGAUUGGCACUCGUUUGAGCGAGCUGUGUCACUCAGAUAGCGAGAGUCCAGCUAACAUCCUGGGCUUUAUUUAUGAUGAGGAGAGCAAAAGGAGAGCAAGGAAAGAGGAUGAAGAGGAAGACUUCCUGGAUGACAGUACUGUAAACCCCACCAAGUGCAGCUGUCCCUUUGCGCUUAAGAUGUCUGCUUGUCAGCUGCUUUUAGAGAUCACUACCUUCCUGAGAGAGACGUUUCCCUGCCUUCCACGCCCACGAACAGAGCCCCUAGUGGACUUGGAGAGUUGUCGGAUGCGUCUGGACCCAGAGCUGGGCCGCCAUCGCUACGAGAGGAAGAUCAGCUUUGCUGGAAUCUUAGACGAUGAGGAUGGCCAUGAUUCUCUGAACAGCAGCAGUCAUACUCUGAAGUCUGACACGGCAUGUGAUGAAAAGAAAUCAUCUCAAGAACCCCUGGCUCCCACCAGGAAGAUCCGCAUCGGAGGUACUCGGCUGCUACAGAUUAAAGGGGCGAGGAGCUUCAAGGUGAAGAAAGGUGGUUCUCUGUCCUCCAUCCGCAGAGCUGGCAGUCUGAAGAGCACAAAGAUGUCUCGCCAGGACUCAGAGUCCGAGAACGACGCAGAUUCUGAUCGUCUGCUGUCUCAGAGCAGAGACACGGUGACUGAUAUUGGGAGCCCAUGGAGUGCUAGUGAGCCCAGUAUUGAGCCCGAGGGUCCUGGAAGCACCAGCGGAGUGGACGACUACCACCGCAAUAUGUCAUGGCUACAUAUAAUGAUCCUACUGUGCAACCAGCAGAGUUUUAUCUGCACCCAUGUGGACUAUUGUCACCCUCGUUGCUACCAACGUCACAGUCGCUCCUGUGCUCGCCUCGUCCGUGCCAUCAAGCUGCUUUAUGGAGAGACUGUUGAUAGUCUGAGAGAAAACAGCUCCAGCUGUAGCGUAGGCUCCCGUGCCAAGAAGAGCAAGGAGUGCUCGGACAAGUCAUGUCUGCGGACACCAUCUAUGAAGAGACGUCCUACUGAGAGCAAUGCAGAGGGGAAGAAAGACACAGGGAUGCUGAAGUACAUUCGCACACAGGUAAUGAGUCUGUCACCAGCACCUCUUUCCCUGCUUAUAAAAGCAGCUCCCAUCCUGACUGAAGAUAUGUAUGGAGACAUUCAGCCAGCUGCAUGGGAGCUACUGCUCAGUGUCGAUGAGCACAUAGCUGCUGCUGCAGCGGCGAUGUUUCUGCUGUGUGCAGUAAAGGUUCCUGAUGCUGUCACUGAAAUGAUGAUGGCUGAGUUUCAGCAUCAGGAAGCAAGUCAAAGGAUCAACUCGGUGCUCAAGUUUUACACUGUCUGGAGGUUCCGCUACCAGGUGUGGCCUCGCAUGGAAGAGGGAGCGCAACAAAUCUUUAAGAUUCCUCCACCAAGCAUUAAUUUCACUCUGCCAUCUCCUAUCCUGGGGAUGCCCUGUGUGCCCAUGUUUGAUCCGCCAUGGGUGCCAAUGAAUACAGGAACUGUUCCAGAUGCAAUCAGUGAAGAUCAGUCAAAAUCGUUCUCAGCUCGGGCCGUGUCACGUUCUCACCAGCGUGCCGAGCACAUCCUAAAGAACAUGCAGCAGGAGGAUGAAAAGAGGAGACUGGGGCGUGAGGCCAGCAUCAUCACAGCAAUCCCCAUCGCUCAGGAGGCGUGCUACGAGCCCACAUGCAGUCCUCCACCUGAACAGGAAGAAGAGGAAGAUGUGGUAAAUCUGGCCUCUCGUCGUCUAUCUGUGAGCCCCUCCUGUGCCUCCAGCAACUCACACAGGAACUACUCCUUCCGCCGAGGCUCCAUGUGGUCUGUGCGCUCAGCAAUCAGUGCUGAAGAUGACGAAAACACUACAGAACACACACCUACACACCACAUGCUGCAGCCGCCUCAGGCUGUGUUCCCAGCAUGCAUCUGUGCUGCCGUGUUGCCCAUAGUGCACCUAAUGGAGGAUGGAGACAUUCGAGACGAUGGUGUUGCAGUGAGUGCCGUGGCUCAGCAGGUGCUGUGGAACUGUCUGAUUGAAGACCCAGCUCUUGUUCUCCGACACUUUCUAGAGAAACUAACAGUCAGUAACAGACAGGAUGAGCUGAUGUAUAUGUUAAGGAAGCUGCUCCUUAACAUUGGGGAUCUUCCUGCACAAACCUCACACAUCCUCUUCAACUACCUGGUGGGUUUAAUCAUGUAUUUUGUUCGGACACCGUGCGAGUGGGGAACGGAUGCUAUCUCAGCGACACUGACCUUUCUGUGGGAGGUGGUAGGCUACGUGGAGGGCCUCUUCUUUAAAGACCUGAAACAGACCAUGAAGAAAGAGCAGUGUGAGGUGAAACUGCUGGUCACUGCCUCUAUGCCAGGAACAAAGACUCUGGUGGUUCAUGGACAGAAUGAGUGUGAUAUUCCUACACAGUUACCAGUACAUGAGGAUACACAGUUCGAAGCCUUGCUCAAGGAGUGUCUUGAGUUCUUCAAUAUACCAGAGGCUCGUUCAGCAAAUUACUUCCUUAUGGACAAGCGCUGGAAUCUCAUCCACUAUGCCAAGACAUAUGUGAGAGACAUCUACCCUUUCAGGAGGUCAGUGUCCCCUCAGCUCAACCUGGUCUUCAUGGAACCAGAAAAAGGACAGGAGCUCAUUCAGAAACAGGUAUUCUCCAGGAAGCUGGAGGAAGUGGGCCGGGUUCUCUUCCUGAUUUCACUCACCCAGCGCAUGCCUGCGAUGCACAAACAGUCCCACGUCUCCUUGCUUCAGGAAGACCUUUUGCGUCUUCCCUCCUUUCCACGCACAGCCAUAGAUGCAGAGUUCACUCUCUUCAGUGAGCCUCUGGGCAAAGAACUCUUUGGCAUGGACACUUUGCACAAGGUUUUGUGGAUCAAGCUGUUGGAGGAGAUGUUUCUGGGCAUGCCUAGCGAGUACCCGUGGGGUGAUGAGAUCAUGCUCUUUUUGAAUGUGUUCAAUGGAGCCCUGCUGCUCCACCCUGAAGACAGUGCCAUCCUCAGGCAGUACACCGCCACAGCCAUCAACACUGCUGUGCACUUCAACCAUCUGUUCUCCCUCAGUGGUUACCAGUGGAUUCUUCCCACAAUGCUUCAGACAUACGCCGAUUAUGAAAGUAACCCAUUGCUGCGUCAAGGCAUUGAAUUCUGCUGCCGUCAGUUUUACAUUCUCCACCGCAAACCAUUCAUCCUGCAGCUGUUUGCCAGCGUGGCCCCACUGCUGGAGUUCACUACCUGCACCAGUACUGGACUGUCUAAAGGUGUAUCAGCACAGUGCCUGUUUGACUUGCUGGUGUCCCUGGAAGGAGAAACAGCCGACAGUUUGGAUGCUUUGGAGCUUGUCAAAGCAGAGAAACCACUACGUUCUCUAGAUUUUUGCUAUGGCAACGAGGACUUAGCCUUCUCCAUCAGUGAAUCCAUCAAGUUGUGUGUAACUGUGGUGGCCUAUGCUCCCGAAUCCUUCCGAAGUCUACAGAUGCUGAUGGUUCUCGAGGCACUGGUUCCUUGUUAUUUGCAGAAGCUGAAGAGUAACAGUCAGGCCCUGGAGUCAGUGUCUGUAGCCAGAGAUGAGAUCGCAGCCAUAGCUGCACUGGCCACUUCUCUUCAGGCUUUGCUCUACAGUGUUGAGUCCCUGACACGACCUAUGACUGCACCUCAGAUGAGUCGCUGUGAUCAGGGCCAUAAAGGAGGAACUGCUGCCAACCACACAAUGUCUGGGGGACCAAAUGCCAGAGAUAACCUGCACCUGUUGGAGGAGGGUCAGGGCAUGCACCGGGAGGAGCUGGAUGAGCGCAUCGCCCGGGAAGAGUUCCGCCGGCCUCGAGAGUCCCUGCUCAACAUUUGCACGGAGUUUUACAAACACUGCGGGCCACGACUAAAGAUCCUACAGAAUGUGGCUGGAGAACCCAGAGUCACAGCCCUGGAGCUUCUGGAUAUAAAGUCUCAUAUGAGGCUGGCAGAGAUUGCACAUUCGCUUCUAAAGCUGGCACCAUAUGACACUCUGACCAUGGAGAGCCGUGGCCUGCGCCGCUACAUCACUGAAAUGCUGCCCAUCACAGACUGGUCAUCAGAAGCAGUGCGGCCGGCUCUCAUCCUCAUCCUCAAGCGCCUGGACCGCAUGUUCAACAAAAUCCACAAGAUGCCCACGCUCAGGUGCGCCCGCCCACAAGCUCUGUACUCCAGACGACAGGUGGAAUGGGAAGCAGCCAGCAGUCUGAUCGAAGGGAUUUGCCUGACUCUUCAUCGGCAGCCAAUAAUUUCCUUCCUCCCCCAUCUGCGCUCUCUCAUCAAUGUCUGUGUGAACCUGGUGAUGGGUGUGGUCGGACCCUCCAGCGUAGCAGAUGGUCUGCCUUUGCUGCACUUAAGUCCUUACCUCUCCCCUCCUCUCCCAUUCAGCACGGCUGUGGUUCGCUUGGUGGCCAUGCAGAUCCAAGCUUUGAAGGAUGACUUCCCGCUAAGUCAGGUGAUCUCACCCUUUACCAAUCAGGAGAGACGAGAGGGCAUGCUACUUAAUCUUCUGAUUCCCUUUGUUCUGACUGUUGGCUCAGGAAGCAAAGACAGUCCUCAGAUUGAGCAGGCGGAGGUCUUCCUGCUCCUGCAGACAGUCAUCAACAUCCUGCUGCCUCCGCGCAUCAUCAGCACAUCUCGAAGUAAAAAUUUCGUUUUGGACGCAUCCCCGGCACACUGCUCCACCCCUGGAGACACGGGCAAGGACCUGCGCCGAGAGGGACUGGCAGAGUCUACCAGCCAAGCCGCUUAUCUAGCUCUAAAGGUGGUGCUGGUGUGCUUCGAGAGGCAGCUGGGUAAUCAGUGGUACAGACUGAGUCUGCAGGUGAAGGAGAUGGCUCUGCGCAAAGUGGGUGGUCUUGCUUUCUGGGAUUUCAUCGACUUCAUUGUGCGCACUCGCAUCCCCAUUUUUGUGCUCCUGCGCCCCUUCAUACAGUGCAAGUUGCUAACCCAGCCGGCAGAGUCUCAGGAGGAGAUUACAGCCCGGCAUCACAUAGCCGACCAGCUGGAAAGACGCUUCAUCCCACGCUCGCUCUGCAAAAGCUCACUGUUCGCUGAGUUCAACAACGAGCUCAAGAUCCUGAAGGAGGCCGUUCACAGUGGCUCGGCAUACCAAGGAAAGACAUCCAUCAGUACAGUGGGCACCUCCACAUCAGCCUACCGGUUGAGCUUGGCCACCAUGUCUCGCUCGAACACAGGCACAGGGACAGUGUGGGAACAGGACAGCCAGCCGUCUCGCCAGCCCUCCCAGGACACACUUAGCCGCACUGAUGAGGAGGAGGAGGAAAAUGAUUCCAUAAGCAUCCCCAGUGUGGUAAGUGAGCAUGAAGCUUUUCUACCCAGCUUAAUUACACAGCGCCGUUUCUCCAGCCAUGCCACAGGCUCCGCAUCCACGCAUCCAGAGCCGGGUCUAAGCACCAUGCUGCCUAGUCACAGUGAACCCAAUGUGCUAGAUGAGUCCCAGGGGCUGCUGGAGGAGGGUAUCCUGUCACGGGUGGCGAGUGUCCAGAGCGAACCAGGCCAUCACAAUCUCUUACUUCAGCCACCGCUCGGUCGGAAAAGAGGUCUGAGACAGCUUCGUCGGCCACUACUGUCCAUCCCUCGGAUGCAGGAUGAAUGUCGUGGACGACAAGGAGCCCGACUCUCAACCACUCGCAGGAGCAUUCAGCCCAAGAACAAAGCAGUUGAUAGAGCACACACUGACCAAAAGAGAUCAGUCACCUUCACCGAAUCUCAGGAAGCUUCUGGAAAGUCUCCUUCAUCUACACCAACAGCGAGCACGGCUUUGCUGGGAGCUCCAGGAAGCGGAAGACCAAGCAAUUCCCUCACGACUGCUGCUCCUCCCUCUGAAACUUCAUCACCCUCUAUAAGAGCUGAGCAGCACAUCCCAUCACACCAACAGGCCUCACCUGUUGCUGAGAGUAAAGAAAAGCAAGACAAGGGUAGUACGAGAAGUAGCCUAUCUUCUACGCCAUCCUCCAGGCCAGCUUCCAGGUCAUGCUCUCCUCUCCCUUCCUCUUUCCCAACACUGAGCACUCCAGUUCGGCUGAACCCGGCUCAGAUCCGCGAGAGUCCGGAAGACGAGGAGACGUCAGGGCUUUUGGAAAACACAGACACUUCACUCCACAUGGCUGAGGAUCAAGGCACAGAGAACCCUCUCCUCACCUCUCUGCUCACACCUCAUCCUCAUUCUCUGUCCCCUCUGCCUCUCUCUCCUGUAGAUCUGGACCUGGAUGAAUCUCAUGUCUAAAUGCCAAAAACCUUUAAAGGCUUAAUCAAAAAGCAUCAGGGAAAGUUCAGUGGUGCACAGUUCAGCAUUUGGCUACUCAAAUGCCACCAAACACCAUGACUCAUGAGGGAACAGGCCAAUGGUUAUGUUACGUUACGUAUGAGAUUUAAACAGGUUGCCUGAUUGGUACUGUUGAUUCAUUGUGCAUCAGUAACCUUUAUCUGCUUCAAAACUGCACUUUGACUCCAAAAAAAAAUCAAAUUUUAUGGUAAAAACUUAAAUCUGUGUAGUACGUAGAUUACUAAAGUAAACAAAAUUUAUUUAAAAUGUUAGUUGCUUUAGAGAACUGUGGUGUAUUCAAAAACAAAAUUAUAUACCAAGGGAUUCAAGUAAAAUUCAUGAGACUCUGCAUUAUCAGCUAAUACUACUAAAUAAUAUCAACAGUUUCAUUGUAAUACUUACAAAUUAACGUUCACAAUUGGUUUUCUUUUGUUGUGUUGUAUCACGUUAGCAUUUUGGACUUUGCUGGGUAUUAAUAUGACCUGAACUACAGAUACGUUAAAUGUGUUUCUGCAUUGCCCCUGUGCUUAAGUAUGUACCCCAUAGAUCUGACAUAAAUGUGGUUACGCCGCACAUAAAUGAAACAAACAUGCUGUAAAUACACAGGCCUUAGAUGAGUUUAGAUAUUCACAAAGCACUGUGAGGCAACAUCAAAUAUCUUAUCUGUAACAGAAAAUCAUUAAACAGGUAGGGUUCUGUUUUGGGGGUGUUCCACUAAGGGGGUUUGACUAUUAACCCCAAAAACUGGGAGUAAGUCUAGCAUCUGGUGACUUGCGUUAUGAUGCUAACAUGCUUGGUAUUCUGACAGUUAAUAGGUAGCAUGCCUUGUUAGGAGGAUUUAUUAGAUACUGAUGACUACAACAGCUGAUAAUCAGAUGAUGAAAGUUAUUAUUAAGCAGCUGCAAAUCAAGCUAUGGAAAAAGUCCUCCAUGCUAUAAGAAAAGGUACUUUUGUAUAAGGAAUUAUCGUAUCUAACCAUUGCUUAUAGUACAAGAUUGAAUAUAAGCAAUGGUUAUAUAUACUUUUAAUGUCUGAAAAUUAUUCUUUAUUCAUUAUAUUAGUUUAUAUACAGUCCCCUCUGAAUGUAUAUAAAGACAAGGCCAAAUCUUUUUUUGCUAUAAUCUGAAGACAUUUGGGUUAUAGAUUUAAAAACAAAAAACAAAAAAACAGAUCAGAAUAACAGUUUUCAUUUCCUGAUAUUUUAAUAUAGAAGUUCAUUCAUUCAUUCAUCUUCUACCGCUUAUCCGAACUACCUCGGGUCACGGGGAGCCUGUGCCUAUCUCAGGCGUCAUUGGGCAUCAAGGCAGGAUACACCCUGGAUGGAGUGCCAACCCAUCGCAGGGCACACACACACACACUCAUUCAUGCACGCAAUCACACACUAGGGACAAUUUUCCAGAGAUGCCAAUCAACCUACCAUGCAUGUCUUUGGACCGGGGGAGGAAACCGGAGUACCCGGAGGAAACCCCCGAGGCACGGGGAGAACAUGCAAACUCCACACACACACAAGGUGGAGGCGGGAAUCGAACCCCGACCCUGGAGGUGUGAGGCGAACGUGCUAACCACUAAGCCACCGUGCCCCCUAAUAUAGAAGUUAAACAACUUAAAACAUGGCACCUUUGGUGGUAAAUAACAUCUGGUUUUAUAGCAUUCGGUUGUAAUAACUGCAUCAAUUCGGCAAACCAGUGACCUCACCAAACUGUUGCAUUCUUUCUUUGUGUGGCUUUUCCAGGGUUGUACCACAGCUUAUUUCAGUGGUUGUUUGUUUUGGGGGUUUCUCCAUUCAGUUUCCUCUUCAGGAGGUGAAAUGCUGCAUAAUUAAGAUGUGGUGAUUGACUUGGCCAGACUAAAUAUUUAUUUUUCUUUUGUGUUGGCAGUGUGUUUUAGUCAUCGUCUUGCUGCAUGAAGAAUUUCUCUAUAAUCUUGCAAAUGUUUCUGUAGACUUCUGAAUUAAUUCUGCUGCUAACAUCAUGAGUAAGAUCAUUAACAAAGAUUAGUGAUCCUGCUCCAGAAAGCAUCCCUGAUGUAAGCCCUUAGACACUACCACCACCAUGCUUUACCAAUGAGCUGUGUGUUUAAGAUCAUGAACAGAUCCUUUCUUUCCAUCUCUCUGGUAGAAGUUUAGUUAAUCAGUAUUUCUUUGUGAAUUCCAGGCUGUCUUCUGAAUCUGAUGAGCGCUUUGCAUAUUGUGGUAUGACCUCUAUAAUUCUGCCAUGUGGAGGUUAUUUUUUUUCUUCAUCUCCUUUUUUUUCCCCCAUUGGUUGGCCAGGUCACAGUGGAUAUAAAAUGUCUACACAUCCUUGUUAAAGUGCCAGGUUUCUGUGAUAUAAAAAAAGAGACCAAGAUAAAAAAUUACAGAAUUUCUCCACCUUAAUUGUGACUUAAAACCUGUACAACUCAAUUGAAAAACAAACUAAAAUCUAUUAGGUGGGGGAAGUACAAAUAAAAAACUAAUGUUUGCUAAAAUAUUCACAACCUUAAACUACUACUUUGUUUUAGAACCUUUUGAUUUUAUUACAGCAUUCAGUCUUUUUGGGUACGAGUCUAUCAGCAUGGCAUAUCUUGACUUGGCAAUAUUUGCCCACUCUUCUUUGCAGAAACGCUCCAGAUCUGUGAUUGCGAGGGCAUCUCUCUUUAGAUCAUCCCACAGAUUUUCAUUCGGAUUCAGGUCUGGGCUCUGGCUAGACCAUCUCAAAACGUUUAAUCUUCUUCUGGUGAAGCCAUUCUUUUGUUCAUUUGUAUGUAUGCUUUGGGUUGUUGUGAUGCUGAAAGAGCAUGAAAGUUCCUCAUCAUCAUCAUCAGCUUUCUAGCAGCAGCCUGAAGGUUUUGUGCCAACAUUGACUGCUAUUUGGACCUGUUCAUAAUUCCCUCCACCUUGACUAAGGCCCUAGUUCCAGAUCUUGGUGGAAUUAUGGCCAAAAAGUUCAACCUUAGUUUCAUCAGAUCAUAAGACGUUUUUGCAAAAUUUAGAUACCCAUCCCCAUAGCCAAGAUAUAUUGAGAAUGCCGGAAAUUGUUGUCACAUGUACUAAACAGCCAGUAUUGCCAGAAACUCCUGCAGCUCCUUCAAUGUUACUGUAGGCCCCCUGGCAGCCUCCCUGACCAGUUUUCUUCUCGUCUUUUCAUCAAUUUUGGAGGUUCGUCCAGUUCUUGCAAAUAACACUGUUGCACCACAUUUUCUUCACUUGAUGAUGACUGUCUUCACUGUGUUCCAUUGUAUAUCUAAUUCCAUAGAUUAUUUUUUUUUGUACCCUUCUCCUGACUGAUACCUUUUAACAAUGAGAUCCCUCUGAUGCUUUGGAAGCUCUCUGUGGACCAUGGCUUUUGCUGUAAGAUGUGACUAAGGAAAUGUCAGAAAAAGCCUACUAGAGGAGGUCAAUUUUAUUUGGGGUUAAUCAGAGGCACUUUAAAUGAUUUCAGGUGUUUACUGACUCCUAUUUAACAUGAAUUUGUAUGUGAUUGCUUAAUUCUAAACAGUUAUGGGGGGUGCACACACUUUAUUUAUGCAACCACAUUUAGUUUUUACUCUUCCCACUAAGAGAUUUCAGUUUGUUUGAAAUUACAAGUUAGUUUACAAUUGAGUUUGCAAGUUAUAGGUUACAUUAAAGGUGGAAAAAUAUCUUACAUUUUUUCGUUUUUCUUUGUCUCUUUUUUUACAUUCCAGAAAUCUGGCAUUUUAACAGGGGUGUGUACUUUUUAUAUCCUCUGUAUGUCCAGUUGUAAGUACACCAGUGUUUUCUCCUUUUUGAGGACAUUCCAAAUUGUUGUAUUGGCUAUACCCAUUGCUUAUGUAAUGUCUCCCCUCUUCUUACCUCCUUUCAAAAUGGCUUGCUUUUCUUGCUAGAUGGCUCUUUGCUCCUCAUUGUCCACUUUAACAACAAAUUCAGGCAACAGCAAAAGUUUUGAUCACUUGAAAGUGGGUGGAUUCAAACAAAAGGUGCCACAUUCUAAGCUGUUUAUCACGUCUAGAUGUGAAUAUCAGGAAAUGAAAACUGAAAUUCUGAUCCAUCAUCUCUUGAUCUCAAAGCCAAAGGAACUGGCCUUGCUAUUCUAAUACUGUCAAAGAGGACUGUAUGUACAACAUUUAUGCCAACUAUUGAUUAAAAUCUGCUUUAUAAAUGCAAUUUUUGUACUUUAAAUUAUUCAGAUUUCUAAAUUAACUUUUUUUUAUUUAUACUUUUCGCAUGCAUUUAAACCCCACUUUAUAGACUGAAGAUAAAGCUAAAUUAAGAGUCCCAAUGUCUAUGGUACAAGUUUCCUUUCUGAAACUGGAUCCUGUAAUGUAAAUGUAGAACAAUGGACACAGGAUAUCUAAUGCUAACCUUCAACAAUUUGGUUAAAAAUAAUAAUGUAUUGUCCGUUACUGUUGAAGAACAAUGUUUGGAUGUCACCCGGGUAGAAGCUAAUAUUCUGGAGAUAUGAAAUCAUCUCCCAUUCAGUUCAACUAGCAACAGAUUAAUCAUUGAUGUACAAAUACUUUAUAUAGGCCCUCAUGUUCUGACAUGGCUCUCUGAUAGCAUGCUAAGAAUUUAAAGUUAAACCCAUUGCUCUGUGACCGUGGCUGUUUCUUUGCUUUAGGGAGAUGAUGUGGUGGUGGUGGUGGUGGUGGUGGUCACCCAUGCAGUUUAGCUUUCUUGAUGUUUUGCCUCAAAGUGAAACUAACAUAAGGUUAUGUCUAAAGUAGCAAAUAAGGAAGUGUUGUGGCUAUCAGUAAAAAAAAAUCAUCUGUGGUUUAUUUAAAAGUAUUAAAUUUAGGCACAAAACUACUAACAAACUACAGAACAUGAUUUACAUAAACAGACUACACUGUUUUAUAUUAUCAUCUCACACACCCAGAGUUUAUCAAAAUGGCAUGAAGUGUUAAACUGAAUUUUCAGGUUUUCAUACUGUAUGUUAUACCUGCUUCCUGGAAUAUACUCCAUCCCCAUUGGUGUCCCUCCAUUAAACUAUUAGAUGUAAUAUUAAUAACACUAUUUCCAUGUACACAUUCUACUAUGUGAUGUAGAUUAAAUUUAGUUCUUGAAAAUUAUUUGCAUUCUACUAAAAAUUUCUUUUGGCUAGUAAAUAAAAUCUUUGCAAUAGUACUAAUCAGAUGAUAUUUUCAAUCACGAGUAGUUUUCCAGACCACAUAUACACAUUAAAAAACCCUGAACGGAUAGAAUAUUUAACCCCAAAGGCCACAAUAAACAUCUAUCCAAGCUUACACAAGAGGAUUAGUAUUGCUUAAGAAUCAUAAGCUGUGUCAAGUUUUUAUAAUAAAGACAUGGAAUUUAUUUCACAUUUUGUUUAGUGACAGAAACUGGUCUACCAGCAAGUUGUGUACAAGCCCAGAAAAGAUCAAUUGUGAUGUAGAUAUACAAUAUAUAAUCAGACAGUUAUAUAAUCAGACAAUGAAACACACUGCUGUAGCUUAAGCUAACAAGGUGCCUGUGAAGGUAGAGAGUCACUGUAUGUCAUUGUUUGUGUGUGCAAAUACAAUGUUUUAUGUGUCCACUGUUUUCUUCCUGUUAGUAACCUUGCUGCUAACUGUUGAGCUUGUGCAAUAACAAAAUAUAUAUAAUCCAACCUUUGAAGAGUA